GGAACCGGGGCUGGGGGGGCGAGGGCCACCGACGGCUGGGAUGGGCGCCGAGGAAGCCGACGAGAGCGCCACCCUCCAUCCCCUUCUUAGAGCUUUCUGGGCCCUGCAUGUCUCCACUCUGGGUUAUACAUCCAUCCCGGAAAUUAACGACUCGCGCUUCGUAAGAGCAGCUGAACAACCGCCCUUUCCAGAGGACACGUCCACGAGGCUCCCGUCCACGAGGCUCCCGCCCCGCUCGAGCUGAACACGUUCCGGCUCUGCCCACCCCUCGACACAGUGCCCCCGCGCCUCACAGCAGCCUGAGGAGUGUCCAGCUGGCCCCAACCCCAGCUGGCCACGGGCGCGGGGAGUCUGUCCCCGGAGAAAACUCCUGAACCGGAUUUGGGGCCUGCCACUCGAAUAGCCCUAGAAAACGUCUCCUCUCUAGACCACUAGCUAGCGCCACCAUUUCAGAGUGACAGCGCGGGGAGGGGGGAGAGGAAACGCCCCGGGCACUUUUCUCAAACUGCAAAGCUACCGCGAGAGGGCGGGGCGCCCGCGACGGGGAAGAGGACCCGGGGGCCGGGGGUCUGCGCGAGCCCAAGGACGGGGCAGUAAGAAGGUGGUUACUGCUAGUUAAAAGUCAGGGGAGCAGAUCGUCCCGGCUCCGCUGGUGCGCCUCGGGCCGCCACGCCAGGAGUGUGGCCUGGCUGCACCCGCCCCAGGACGAGCGUCGCGGCUGAGACCCCAGGCUUCAUUCCCGGCGCCGGGAGGCACCAGGAGCAGCUCAAAAUCAUGUUCGUCGGGGGCCCCAACAUCAGGAAGGACUAUCACAUCGAGGAGGGCGAGGAGGUGUUUUAUCAGCUGGAAGGAGACAUGGUUCUCCGAGUCCUGGAGCGAGGGAAGCACCGGGAUGUGGUCAUUCGGCAGGGAGAGAUAUUCCUCCUGCCUGCUGGGGUCCCCCACUCCCCGCAGAGGUUUGCCAACACCAUGGGGCUGGUGAUUGAGCGGAGACGGCUGGAAACCGAGCUAGAUGGGCUCAGGUACUACGUGGGGGACACCGUGGAUGUCCUGUUUGAGAAGUGGUUCUACUGCAAGGAUCUCGGCACCCAGUUGGCCCCCAUCAUCCAAGAGUUCUUCCGCUCUGAGCAGUGCAGAACAGGAAAGCCCAUCCCUGACCAGCUGCUCAAGGAGCCGCCAUUCCCUCUGAGUACACGAUCUGUCAUGGAACCCGUGUCCCUGAAGGCUUGGCUGGAUGGCCACCGCAGGGAGCUGCAGGCAGGCACAUCCAUCAACCUGUUUGGGGACAGCUAUGAGACACAGGUAAUCGUCCAUGGGCAAGGCAGGAGUAGAGGCCUGGAACAGGACGUGGACCUGUGGCUGUGGCAGCUGGAAGGCUCCUCAGUGGUGACACUGGGGGAAGAGCACUUGGGCCUGGCCCCAGAUGACAGCCUGCUGGUGCCAGCUGGGACCUCGUACGUGUGGGAGCGAUCGCAAAGCUCUGUGGCCCUGUCUGUGACUCAGGACCCUUCCCGCAAGAAGUGCCUGGGGUGACGUCUUGCUGUGGGCCCAAAGCAGUCACCAUGUGCCUGAGUGCUAUCCCGAGAGCCAUCCCUGCCAAACAACUCUCCCAACCUCCACAGAUUCUCCAUGCGCAUCAGCUGAGCACCUCAGUGUGCCCCCUGCUGGGCCCUGGACAUUGCCAUCAUUCACCCUCCUGCCAUUCCCAGCCCAGAAUGCCAGGCUCCUAGGGUCCCUGUAACCUCCCUUCCCCUCUAAAGCCAUCAGCCCCUGUGGUUGAACAUGUGGUGUGCCGUCCCAUCCCUCUGUCCCCACGGAUCCACUGCCCACCACUGAGAAGGACCUUAAUAAAGGCUUCCUGGAGAACAAG